AUGUUUUUGUUAAAAGCAUUUCACAACAAAGCCUCGGUCUCUGAUACUCGGGGUGUGGAGUCCCUGCAGCUGCUCAGGUCUCAGUGUGUGGAGUCCCUGCAGCUGCUCGGGUCUCAGUGUGUGGAGUGCCUGCAGCUGCUCAGGUCUCAGCGUGUGGAGUCCCUGCAGCUGCUCAGGUCUCAGCGUGUGGAGUCCCUGCAGCUGCUCAGGUCUCAGUGUGUGGAGUCCCUGCAGCUGCUCAGGUCUCAGCGUGUGGAGUCCCUGCAGCUGCUCAGGUCUCAGUGUGUGGAGUGCCUGCAGCUGCUCAGGUCUCAGUGUGUGGAGCCUCCUGCAGCUGCUCAGGUCUUAGUGUGGAGUCCCUGCAGCUGGUCAAGUCUCACUGCUCGGGUCUCAGUGUGUGGAGUCCCUGCAGCUGCUCAGGUCUCAGUGUGGAGCCUCCUGCAGCUGCUCAGGUCUCAGUGUGUGGAGUCCCUGCAGCUGCUCAGGUCUCAGCGUGUGGAGUCCCUGCAGCUGCUCAGGUCUGAGUGUGUGGAGUCCCUGCAGCUGCUCAGGUCUCAGCGUGUGUAG